GGGAUACCGAAUUUGACCAGUCCCCAAAUUCCUAAUUCAUCUGCCUUCUUGGAACCAGGAAGGAAACGAAUCUGGGGACGAAUCAAUUGAAAACGUUACCUUCAAGAAUCUCAAAAAAUAACAGAUUCUGGACAAACCCAAUUUGUUUUCUUACAUUUAUGUGGUGUUAUUUGGCUUACAUCUAAAGGAGUAUUGAUUUUAUCGAUUGCCCCUUUAGAUUUUUUUUUUUUUAUUGUUUCUGGGUAUUCUUUAGAUUGUGGAGAUUUGGUUAUAUGGGCAAGAUUCAAUUUUGAUAUUGAAAGAAGUAGCAUUUCAGUUUGGAUCUUGAAAGAGGUAGUUGUUUUGUUCAAACUUUCUUUGCAUCUGUUUGAUGAGAAUUGUAAUAAUUGGUGAAAAACAAGGUAGGCUUGUGAACAUACGGUGUUCAAUUCCGGUUGUUCUCAGGCCAUUGGUUGAGCAAAAAGUUUUACCCUUUUGUAUCCCAAGAGAUAGGUGGGACAAGGAGUUUUACAAUCUACAAGGUGGAUAGAAAGUUGUUCGAUUUGCAUUGUAUUUUGGUAAUUGACAGUAGUAACUUUGAAGAUGAGUUCUUCUACACAAGGGACUACUUUGUCCACAAAUGUGGUAGGGUUAGUUGAUGGGUCUUCUGCCUCUCAUCGAGAGGCUUCUGUUUUUGAUGGUUUGCCAAUAUAUGUGAAGGAGCUGAUUGCUGGAGGAGCUGCUGGUGCAUUUGCCAAAACUGCAGUUGCCCCAUUAGAGCGUGUCAAAAUACUUUUGCAGACAAGAACUGAAGGAUAUCAUUCCCUUGGAGUUCAUCAAUCUCUAAAGAAGCUUCUGAAGAAUGAAGGUGUUAUUGGAUUUUACAAAGGAAAUGGAGCAAGUGUUCUCAGAAUUGUCCCAUAUGCUGCACUACAUUACAUGACCUAUGAGCGGUAUCGAGGAUGGAUAUUAGAAAAUUACUCUGCAUUAGGAACAGGACCUGUUGUAGAUCUUUUGGCUGGCUCAGCUUCUGGAGGAACUGCAGUUUUGUGUACAUAUCCCCUUGAUUUGGCUCGGACCAAACUGGCUUAUCAGGUCAAGGAGACAAGAGGAAAUGGCAGUAGAGCAACUCAUAUUGGUCCUCAAUAUAGUGGUACUAAAAAUGUCCUAGAGGCUGUCUACAAGGAAGGAGGACUCCGUGCACUUUAUCGAGGUGUAGGGCCCACCCUUAUUGGUAUUCUUCCUUAUGCUGGAUUGAAGUUUUAUGUUUAUGAGGAGUUAAAGAGGCAUGUUCCUGAAGAGCACCAAUCCUCCAUUAUGAUGCGUCUCUCGUGUGGAGCUAUAGCUGGUUUAUUGGGUCAGACAUUUACAUACCCAUUGGACGUGGUUAGGAGGCAGAUGCAGGUAGAGCAUCUGCGACCUUCAUUGCAAGACAGAGCCAGAUAUAGGAGCACGUUUGAUGGGCUUUCUUCAAUUGUUCGUAAUCAAGGUUGGAGACAAUUGUUUGCAGGGCUUAGUGUUAAUUAUAUGAAGAUCGUCCCCUCAGUGGCAAUUGGUUUCACAGCAUAUGACACAAUGAAGGCGUACCUUAAUGUUCCUCCUCGGCAGAAAUUAAAAUCUGUAUCAGCUGCAUAAAUAUACACCCCCAAAUGGUGACAUCAACUUACAUACUUCUGUAUAGAAAUUAUGAUGAUCUUUGAUUACCAAGGGGGAAGAAUACGUACUCAAGGCGUGCACAAGUUCUCGCCAUGUGUGAGGUAUGGAGAGGGGUUGGACCACAUUGGGUAUAUUCUACAAUCCCCUACCUACAUAGAAUUUACUAUACAUCGCUUUCCUAGUCGUCUUUAUUCCUUCUAACUAGCUCAAUAUUGUAGUUCCUGAUGUGAAAGAAUUACAGUAUGCUCAAGAGUGUGCUUCUUACCUAAGUUGGAUAUUCUUACUUCUUGAAGAUAAAAGGUUCAAAAAAGGGUGUGUAGUGAAGGGAAAUGUCUUCUUGAAAACAAGUGACUGUUUUUUCUUAUUGGUAUUGGUAAAAGAAAAUAUUGUUAAUUUGCACGAGUCUGUUAUUCAGUCCAGACACUAGAGGCUCUUUGGUAAUUUGACUAGACCAAACAUAAUAAUUUGACUUCCUAAGUCAAAUUCAGGAUGGUCAACUAAGAGGGAAUGGUAGCAUUUGCAGAUUUAGAUUUAAUAUUUUGACUGGGAAAUUCAACUUUCGAAUAGUCAACUAAGAUUUACGUUAGUUACACUCAAAUUGAUUUGUACAUAUUGACUGCAAAAUUCAAUUUAGCAUAUGAUAACGUAAAUGCCAAA